AUGCGUCUGCGCGCGUUCGUCCUCGCGCUCGCGGCUCUCGCGUCCCGUUCGCACGGCGCGGUCGCCGCGAAGACGUUUUCUGUGCACGGGUACCUUCCAGAUUACCGACCCGCGACCGCCGCCGCGCGAGCGUGCGCGCGCGGUGCGCGCGUGCUGGCGUUCUCCGCCGCGCCGUCGUCGUCUGGUCGCGCGCUGGACGGCCUGGAUGGGGUGUGGAAGAAGACGGACGAGGACGGUGACUGCGCGAGCGAUUUGGUGGUCGGCGGCGGCGGCCGAAGCGACGGAUUCGGAGCGGCGGCGGAGUCUCCCACCGCCCUCGUGGCGGCGGUGAAGCGCGCGGUGGAGACGCACGCGUUCGAUGGAGUGUCGUACGAUUGGGAGUACCCGGCGCGCGAGAGCGAUUGGAUGGCGUUCGGGGAGCUGCUGCGCGCGACGCGCGACGCGCUCGACGAGAUGGAAGGCGAGCGCAAGCGCUUGAGUUUCGCGAUUCAUCCGACGGUGGCGACGUUCGAGGCGAUGGUGAAGUUUGAUUUGAUGAAAUACGUGGACUACGUGCACAUCAUGGCGUACGACUCGCGCGAUCCGCGCGGACACGCCGCGAUGAGUUUCGUGGAGAGUUUGAUGGAGUACGUCAAGCGCGAGUUCGACGACGUCAGUAAAUUCACGGUCGGGAUACCGUUUUACGCUCGCUCAAUGCGAACGGGCGAAGCGAAAACGUACGAGGAGAUUCGUCGCGAGUUUGCGAGUUCAGAGAAUCUCGACAAAGAUCAAAAUGUAGUCGGAGAUUGGGCGUUCGACUCCGUCGGCGUCGUUCGAAAAAAAGUCCGCGUGGCUCGACGAAUGGGAUUCGGCGGGGUGAUGAUAUGGGAACUCGGGCAGGACGUGCAGGACAGUUCUUCGUUGUUCCUCGCCAUCGUCGACGAGAUCGCGUCGCUCGACGCUCACACCGAACUGUGA